AUGAUUGAUGUACCGCGGCGCCUGCGUCGUGCCAUCCUGCUCAACGACCUGCCGCUCGUGCAGCGCAUCAUUCGCAACAACGCCGACUACCUGCGCAAUCCAGACUACCAAGAGAAGAGCAACACAAACCUGCAUCUCGCUGCCAAACAUGGCUUCACGCAGAUUGCUGAGUUCCUCAUCGAUGCCGGUCACGAAGAUGAUUCCGUCAGUCGCAACAACGACUUUGAGACGCCCUUGAUGUUUGCGGCCAUGGCAGGCAAAGAAGAGACUGGCGUCAUGCUCGCAAAGCGCUUCCCAGAGUGCAUACCGUGGGUUAACAAAGCCGGCCUAGACGCUCUCAUGCUCUCCAGCAAAUCCGGCAGCGGCACCCUCCACCUGAUCCCAACCCUCAUCGUACAAGACCCAUCCAUCCUCACUGCGCACGACAAUGCUGGUAACACAGCCCUGCACCAUGCUUCCGCUGCUGGCGAGCUGAAGACGCUGCGUCUACUCCUCCAGUACGGCGCAAACCCCUUCGUUCUGAACGCGUACAGCUGGACACCCGUGCACUACUCUGCCACGCCCGCCGCCGAAGCCUACUUCAAGACGUUGAUCAUCGAUUUCGAGAAGAAAAAGGCAGAAAGCAAGCGCGAGCUGCAGGAACGCCAGCGGCAGAGGACUGCUGGCGUGCGCUUGGUCACGGACGGUGAUGGUUUGGUGGGACGGGGCAGUAGCGAGAGCGAGCGGGUCAGGGUGAGGGCGAGAGACGAUGCAGGGUUGCAGGGGCUGCCAGCGCCGGGCAUGGACUGGAGCCCUGUUGAGAAGCGGAGAGCGAUGACGCCGACAGAAGGGAGAGGGUGGACAUUUACGCCUGACGGGAUGAGACCAAGAGCCGAGACGGGAGAGAGCAGCGGGACUGUGUAG